AAUCGUUUAGAAAAAAAAAAAUUCCUGGAGUCUUGCCUAAAGAUAUGGCUUGUGCUCAUGCUAGUUCACCGCAACCUUGGUUUAUUUAUUUAUUUUUAAAUAAACACUAGAAAUAUUACAUCAGAAAAUUUCCAUGUAAAACUCUGUCCCACACAUUAUGUACACAUUGGAAAAUGAAUCCCAUCACUCCUGUUGCCAUUUUAUUCAUGACAGCCACCUCUGUGACCCCGCCGGGGCCACGUGGAAUAUCUGUGAUGUCGCUUGAUCGCUGUCAGCGUGUGUUUGGGAAUGUUGACUUACAGGUAACAGGCAGGUUGUGGUGGGUGUGAGCUGGGCUUGUCUAGAAGAGUAAAAGUGUCGCCACGGAGACCAUAAAAAGGGGAGGGGCCUGGGGUGGAGCUGACAGUUGAGGGGUGGGGGGGGGGUGAUGCGAGCAAGAUUGAGCCUGCACUAGUGGUUCAUUCGCUGACUUGCAACAUGGUUUUAGGAGCAAGCAGCCAGUGAGGAAUACAGGAAGACACUAGAUUAUUUGUCACCCUCUCACACACUGCAUGGCUUUGUGAGAGAGAUUUGCUGAGCUCAACCGCCCACCCCACCACCGCCACCAACAUGCUGACUGCUGUUGUGUGGCUGAUGGCCCUGCUGGGCCCAGUGCGAGGCUGGGGCCUGUCACCGGCAGCUGACAACAGCGCUGCGCCGGACCCCCAGUGCGGCCGCUGCUUCCACGGGCAGAAAUUUCCUCAGUGGGAAGGCUUGGCGCCGAGCCCUCUGUGUCACAGGACGCCCGGCGGCCACGACUUCGCCACCCUGCGCAGGCUCGACUGUGAAACGGCCGUCGCAUCAGCCUUCCGUUUAGGCCCUGGAUGGACGCAGGGACAAGAGGGAGAAGAGCUUCUGGAAUUAGAAGAGGAUGGUGUCAAAGUGUUUAUUCCAGCUCUGCUCCGAGGUGGCAACCAUCUGUCUCCACCUACAGAAUCCCCUCUCCAGCGGUGGGACUGGGCCGUCUCCACGCUGGUUCGCUCCAGCGUCGCUCCCAAGUGCAGCUCGCUCGGUGGGGAGCUCUACGUCCUAACGGGGGCAGGGGUACCCGGGGACGAGGGGUGUCAGGCGGGGCCGCUGCUGUGGUCCGCGGCAUGCUGCUCGGUCCCGGAGGCCGAAGGCGGCUUCAGCUUGGGCUUGAUCAGCGACACGGGAAAUGAUGAAGUCAGCGAGAGGCGAGUGAGCAUCAAGGAGCUACAGGAGAGGUUGGGAGUAGAGGAGCUGUUCUCUGGAGGCUGCGCAGGGGCGGGCGGGGAGUCGACCGGUGUCGAUCAGAGUCUUCGCACCGAGGACCCCACACGAGAGUUGGCUGCAGAAGAAAGUGGUUCGGACUGCAAAGUUUAUGAUGAAAGCAAAUACGAUGCAAGAGAAGCAGAUGCAAGUGAUGUGGAUGAAAGCGAGGCGGAUGAAAGCGAAGCGGUUGCGAGGGAAACGGACGUGACAGAGGAGUCUGCAGUGAAGACGGAGAGCAGCAGUGCGGAAGAGGCUGAUGAGAAGCGUUCUGUCGAAAGUGUGUCGGAACAGGAGGACAAGACAGACGCCAACAGCAGCAGCACUGUGGUCUUCAUCUUCUCCACCACAUUGUCCAUCCUCAAAGCCCCUCUCAGGCCAAUCUUCUCCAGAAUCACUCAGUUCCCUGGACAGGCGACCUAUGUUGCCCGGGAAGAACUCGGCGUCCUCGCUGCUCUUCCAGGAGACACCUUGUACGUCUUCUACCUCUUGACGUCGGACCUGUUGUCGUGGAUGCGCUGGGGAGCCGAAACGCUGCUCGACAUCCUGAUGAACUCCAUCUACAGCAUUUACUACUGCGCCUCCUCCAUGCUGGCAGAAUUGCUGAACAGUUGCUUCACGGGCGUCACCGGCAUGGGGACGCUGGCCGGCGACACGGUGGGGAUCUUCGGGGACGCCCUGGGCAACACCUGGUGGGUAAGCAAGUUCUUCGGAGGACGUCUUCUGAGGCAGAGCGGGGACUACGCCGGGACAGUGGCGAUGGAGAUGGGGGAUCAAGCGCUAGCCCUGGGCGGAGGGACGGGCCAGCUCGUGUGGAGAAGCGUAGCUGGGGUGGUCAAUACGUUCAUCAUGGGGGGCAAUAUCGUCAUCGGGGUGGUGGGUGUGGUGUUUGGGGCUUUCACAGAAGGUUUUGGACGGGAGAAGGAAACGACACCGGUCCACACUGUUCUGUCUGAGACCGAGUAGGAACAUUUUGGAGUGAUUGUGUUGGUUUUUUUUUCUUGCACAGGAAUCUUAUUUGACAAACUUUUUCAAGGCUUUACAAUGAACACAAAUGAUUAUUUUUUUCUAUUUAAAAGGGACAAAUUGUGGAAAAUGGACUUUUCACAACUUCUAUAUAAACAGUUGGGUCUUAGAGGACCAAAUAUGAAAUUAAGUAAAUAUUUUAUCUCUCUAUUUCUGAAAAUGUCUGUGAGCAAGCCGCUCAAUACUUCUGGUACUUUUACUUUAAUAUAAUCAUUUACACAAUGGCCACCCCCACACCAUGUUUCUCCAGCCAUGAUUUGGAGGUCAGCUGGGCAAAGCUCCCCAGCCACUUUCAAGCAACACCUGCACAACACUAUCUGCAGAGCAAAGUUGUCGAAGAAAAUUUCAUCGUAGUUUUGGUUUCUCUCAGAUGGACUGCGAACAUCAUGCAACUAUAUCGGCUCAUCAGCCGAUAAUUUUCCUAUAUUAUUUUCCCCACAAUACAUUGCUAAUAGAGUAGGCCACUAUGUAUUUUUAACAACAAAUUGCAUUUGAGAUUCAAAGUCAGGGAAAAUUGUGGCAACCAAAUAUUUAAGUGUACGACUAUUGUGAAAGGGAUUUGAUGGGGAAAAGGUUAUUAAGAAUAAUUUUGUUUUGGUACAGAUUUUUUGCCAUUUUUUAAAAAAACAUUUUUAAUGGAGUAGACUAUUUAGUGGUGGUGGGCUGGAUGUGGCCUCUGGACCUUGACUUGUAGCUCCAGCGCCACUGUUAUUAUACAGAUCCAGAUCUCCUGCUUAUGUGGCAUCCCUGCGAUCAUGUUAAAUUAGGUAAGCAGAGCUGCAUGGAUUUUUGUUUGAUGCACAGAUUAAGAUUAGGUUGUGAUCCUCGUUUAUUAAUCAGUGAGGUUGGGCCAUAUUUGUGUUUGGUAAUGUGUCCAUGUCCAAUACACAAACACAUGGUGCUGCCUACAGGGAAAAUCCUUUCAUUGCGUUUUCAAGGACUCAUCUUCAUACCAACAUACAUUUACACAUGAAAUUUGAUACCCAAGGGCUCAAGUUAGCCCCAUAAGUGUCAAGCCUUGUGAAAUAUACAUAGAGUACGAGAUAAGAUGAAAUAUGACAGCAUAAAAAUACUAGCACAUUUGACCAUUUCUUGAAUUUUAUGAGUACUUAGUAAAACAUCUGGGAACUGUUUAAUUUGUGUGUGUGCGCAAAGGGGGGGGGGGGCACUGUAUGUCUACUUUAAAUCACUGUUAACCAUUAUAUAUAUUUUUGCAAAUGACCUCUAAAGUGUGAUAAAGGGAAGAAAUGCUUCUUUUAUCGUAGUUGUAAUAAUGAUGAUUGAAUAUGUUUGCGUUGUACGUUUAAAUAAAAGAGAAUUGCAGCUUUUGUUUUAUUGUUCCAGCUAUGACUCAACCAGGCCAUCCAUUGAUAUUCUACAGCGCUUGUCCUCAUUUGGGUCAGGAUCAGGCAAGAAGUGGAGAAUUUGUUCAUCUUAUGCAUGUUUUGGAGCGUCUGACCAAAAAAAAAAACAAAAACAAAACUAAGAAAAACCUCACAAGCAUCAGAAGCACAUGCAAAUUCCAAACAAGCUGAUAUUCGAACAUCCUGACUGAAGCAUAAGCAGAUG